UUGAUCAGAGAGCAUAAGUUCAACUUCCUUCAAGAUGCAGAAAGCGGUGUUAUUUGUAUCGCUAUUCGCUGUAGCAUCAGCGUUUCCCAAUCAAUUCUCUCCUUCUCAAAAUUCAUCUGGGGGAAGAAUAGUUGGUGGACAAGAUGCUGACAUUAAAGACUUCCCAUAUCAAGUGUCACUACGCUCUCAAGGACGCCACUUUUGUGGAGGAUCUAUUUAUCUUGCCAACAUUAUCAUCACAGCGACACAUUGUUUCUACGGUUAUAAUAGAAUCCAACUUACUGUUGAGUCGGGAACCUCAUCAAGGACUCUGCCUGGACUAAGUUCGAAAGUUAAGAGGGUAGUUCUGCACCCUAACUUCAGUCGGGCGACUAUGGAUUAUGACAUUGCAAUUCUUCUUCUGGAGACUGAAAUCCCAUUCGGGCCAACAAUGCAACCCAUAUUUUUGGCACCUGCUAAUACGAAGACCACCGUCGGUUCCAAAGCAAUUGUAAGUGGAUGGGGCGAUCUAAGGGAGGAUGGAAGUCCUUCUGAGCAGCUACAGUAUGUCUCCGUUAUAACGAUAGAUAACGAAGUGUGUGCUGAAAUGAAUAAACGGGUUUCGCCAAUAACUGAGAGGAUGUUGUGCGCUGGUGAGACGGCCGGUGGAAAAGACGCAUGUCAAGGAGACUCUGGUGGGCCACUGGUGCUUCAAGGAAAACUGAUUGGAGUCGUGUCAUGGGGUAAAGGGUGCGCUCGUGCAGAGUAUCCAGGAGUAUAUGCAAGUAUUUCUGCAUUACGUGGUUGGAUAGAUGAAACUGUGAACGGACUUUUGGCAAUUGCCUAGUACAUUCCAUAAAAAAUUUUAAAUGGUGCAGUUUCCUCACAAUUAAAAAAAUAAAAACCGCUCUUCCAUUGCGGAUUAGUUUUCAGUUAAAAAAAUAAUUUGCAUUUUUAAUUUGGAAAUUAUAAAAAAACAGAUAAAUAAAUACAAAAGGCAGUUAGU